AUGGCUUCCUCAAGCUCACUGGGUUUAAACCAGCAUGACCAAGAUAGCCAAAGGUCUUUUUACUUUCUUAAGCGCGAUGCAAAACAACCCCUCCAUUCGUCCACUAGUACACAAUACUACCAUGACCUUCAGCGCGAAUCUAAGAUCGUCCCUGGACUAGGAAUACCAUUUGUUAGCUUACUGGGCGGUAAUGAGCCGGUAGAUAGUAUUCGAGCAAGGUGGCAGUAUUAUAACCAAUCGUGGAAUCGUCAUCAAAGGCGCGUUCAGGAAAUUCUACAUACUGCAAACGAACGCGCCGUAAAUGAAAUCAAAGAUUUUGUUUUGGAACCUUGGGACGAUCACCCAGAUGCUAGAAUAUCCACUGCAAUUGUUUUACCAGGCUCCAACAUUGCAAAUCACAUUAAACUAUUUGAUCGGAUGAAGGCAGUUUUGCACCAAACUCCUCAUGUUUACGUUGCAUCACUAGGCUCCAAAGACAUGUGCAAUCUGAAAACUGCCAUUGCCUUUUUAAUCAAAAAUCUAACAGAAAAUGAAGAGGUUAACGGCACAGAUGAUACCGAAGAAGGCUUGCAUUACGACAAAAGACUACGCUACGAUUUUGAUAUUUUAGCCGAAUGGUGUCGCACCAAAGUACGCAAGGACGAAGGUCUUAACUCGCUGCAUGAUAUGCGAAUUGUCAUUUCGAUUGACGAUGCACACUCAUUUGACAUUGGCAUUUUAACGAGCUUAAUUAAACAGCUCCAGUCUUACAUUACUCGCAUUCCUCUUAAACUUGUCUUGUCGGUGGCCACAUCUAUUUACGUUUUCCAAGAAAACAUGCGACGCUCUUGCAUUCGACUGAUUCACGGAAUUAGUAUCAAUGCACACUUGACAGGGUGCCUGGAGGAAGUUAUGCUUGAUACUCUUUUGGAGGCCAAUGACCCCACAGACUUGCUUAUUGGCCCUAAUGCUUUCCGUAACAUUGUGCGACGCCAGCGCGAAAGUCUCGAGUCAAUUGACUCGUUUGUGUCUUCGCUCAAGUACACAUACAUGACUUACUUUUACUCCAACCCUCUGUCUAUUAUCCCAUCGCUGCUGGCGCAUGACUCUACACUUUCAUACCACACCCCCUUCAUCACUAAAUACCAUUACAGUGCUGUGAGGCUGUUGCCAUCAUUUAAGGUAUAUAUUGAAGACAACUUAAAGGAUUUGCCUGAAGAAAUGGUGUCCAUUUUGGAUGAUGAUGAAAAGCUUUUCCCACAUAUUCGACACGGCGUGAGCGCGUUUUUGCAAUACAAGGCACGUCUACUGUAUGGUAUCAAUAUUCUUGAGGCACUGCAGCAAUAUGUUUAUUUUGACAAAAAUUCCAGCCCGUCAACUCCGCGUGCUCCUGUUUCCCGCAUCGAUCUAUACUCAGCAGCACUUAUGGGUGAAAUCCUAAAGUCCAAGUUUUACCGUAACUUUAAGAUCUAUUUACCCAAGAGCACAGUUCCAGCUUUAUCAGAACUUCUGCGCAUGCUUAAGCCAGACCGCCCAGAUGAUUUAUGGCCAUGCUACAUUAACCCAAUGCCCAAGCCCUUUAUGGAUUUAUACUACCGAAUACUUGAGCAAUAUAAUACCACAAUUGGACAAUUUUUGCAGCUCGAUAAUAACUUUUCUAUCAUCUCGGGGUCCACUCAGACACAGGAUCAAGCUGUUGCGUUUGUUAAUCUGUUUCGUAGCAUUUGCAACAUGUUUUUCGAGACCCUCGAAGAAGAAGUGUUUGUCGGAGGCUCCUACAAGGCGUUUUUCUUGCACGAAUUGUUUAUUGUUGAUACGCCAUCGCUCCAGGAUAAUGUGUUUAUGCCAACAUACCGUGCAGCUAUCGAGAUGGCUUUAUCCAAUCCCAACCACUACUGGGGUGAAAUUGCAGUUAUUGCGGCCCGGGAACGACAAAAGGUUUUGUUUAAAGAGUACAUGGCCAAGAAGCAGAAGAACGGUGUGGCCAAUGGCCAUGAGAUUGUUGAUCCGAGCUUGCUUGAGAACAAUGACGAAACUGAGAAUGGUGUAACAGCUGCUGAAGAACCAAAAUCGUUAGAAGAGUCAUUGGAGUCUUCUUCUUCUUCCACGGCGUUGACCAAGCAGCCAAGUGAAAACGAAUGGUCGGCUUCAGCAAUGGCAUAUGACCCACAUUUGUGUAUUCUCUAUACAUUGUAUCGUGAGUCGUCGUUGUUUAUCAACAUUUAUGAUUAUUAUACAGCCUUUUCGUCUGUAAUCAAACAGCCUCAAGACGAAAAUGACCCAACAUUUGAGCGACGUUCGCUCGCAUGGUUUUUACAAGGUGUGGCCGAGUUGAAACUACUGGGUAUUUUGCGUGAUAGUAAGCGCAAGUUUGAAUGUGUUGAAAAACUAGUCUGGCGUGGACUUUAA